AUGACGAAGGCAGAUGCCGUUGAGAACGGAGAUGCUAUAGUCCGUCUUCUUCCCCUCCAAACUGAGCUCACUUCUUUCCUAAUCGCCUAUCAUUACGAUGUUGAACACGUAAUCGAUUUUGAAAUUGAAAUCCCCUCUGUGGAUCCGGCGAUUGGGGUGGAUCUGGCAUGGGUUUGGUUUGCAAGUUCAGCACCUCGACCUCAAUCAGUUGUCACUCAACCAUCCAAGCCAGCAAAGAAAGUGGCAAUUGCAAUAUCAGUUGGGAUUGUCACUUUGGUAAUGUUUUCAGCACUAGCAUUCUAUCUCUACAAACACAGAGUGAAACAUCCUGAUGUUUCGCAAAAGCUUGUUAGUGGUAAUUCAUCUGGUGGUUUUGAGAUCCCUCUUUUUUUCAUUCAACGCAGCGAGGUUGAAUUGGUCUGGGAUGCAAAUGGUUGGUUUGGAGUUUGGUGA